UGUUGAACAGCCACAUGCGUGUACAUAUAGGCAAAUGUCCCUUUGUGUGUUCAGUCUGCAACAAGGCCUUCACAGAGAAGGGGAAUCUGAAAAUGCAUUAUUUUUCGACGCACAUGUACCAGUGAAGCAGGGCCACUAUGCGCAUUCUGUGGAUAAAAUUAUCCGACGACGUAAAACAGGAAACAGUGCCAGAAAACCAGUACACAGUGCCAGAAAACGAGACGCUUAAAAACCGAUGCCAGAAAUACAUGACAUUCUCGGACACCCUCAAGCAGUUCAGCUUUCCAGAAAUCGGCACACCCAAGAACCAAUGCCAGUACUGCGGUAAAGUGGAACCCUCGCGUGCCAAACUGGUCGUCCACGAACGCAUUCACACAGGAGAGAAGCCUUACCGAUGUGAAGUCUGUCACAAGUCCUUUGCCCAGAAGAAUAAUCUGAAGACCCAUAUGAUUAUUCACAUGGAUCUCAGGACUCUAGCGGGAACAGAUUCAAAGCAAUAGUGAUAAACAGUUUUAACCCUUUGCAUGCUGGGAAAUUUGUCAUCUGCUCAAAUGUUGUCUGCUAAAUUUCUAAAAUUAGCAUUUUCUUCGAUUUUUUUUUCAAAGAAUACUAUCAGAAUAGCAAACAGUUUGGAUCCUGAUGAGACGCCACGUUCUGUGGCGUCUCAUCUGGAUCCAAACUGUUUGCAAAGGCCUUCAAAAUUCGGUUCCCGCACUGAAAGGGUUAAAGACCUUGCAAAGUGUUAUCAAUCGUUAGUUUUAUAUUAGUUUUGCUGUGGGUACAUUUGUACAUGUGACUAAAUGCAUGAGCACAGGCCAAUCUGGGACAACACUUUCCACUUAUAUGGAAUGGUUCGUUUAAAGGAAAUCUCUACUUAAGGGAAAUCCUGUUUAGGUGCAAAGUUUUGUCCUUGAUAAGCCUAGCAGGUGCAGACUGCACAGGCUAAUCUGGGGGAACACCUUAUGGAAAUGCAUUAAACACAUUUAUCUUUGAAUGAGUCCAAAGUAUGGAUUAUUCAAAUGAAUCGGUGGUUAAUUUUGAAUCAUUUAAGUUAAAAAAAUGAGUUGAAGUGUUCAUAAUUAACCAAGAAUGCUCUUAUAAUUUUCUGCAUUCAAAGUGACGUCAUUCAAAGGAGUCUGGCUAGUAUGGUUAUACGGAAUAGGAAAACUAGCGAGUAGCAUUAUACGGGUAUUAUUUCUGUGCAGUUGUAUUAACGAUUGAUACAUCUGUAUUUUUUGGGAACACAAAGCAGGUAUAUAAUAAAAUGAUUUAUCAAAGUAUCUGCAAUGUUUUCCAAUAUCUGUACUCGGAAAUCAGGCACAUAUCUCAUUAAACAUAUUUUAAUUCUAUUGCAAUGCUUGAAGAAGGAUAAUUGAUAAGGAACAACAUGAAGAUUUAGGUUAUUACAGUGAAUCUAGUAAUUUUCUUUGUAUCUUUCACAUGUCAGCUUGGGAUCACCUGUUAUUUGGGAACACAAAAUUUAAUUAAAUAUAAAUUACUAACCAAAUAUUUUUUUAAAGUAUAAAAUAUACAAAGGUACAGUUCAUCUCAAUAAUUCCAUUAUUGGAAUUAUUUGUUAACAUGAUUGUCAAUGAACUGAAGAUACAAAUGUCCAAAAAAAUGUAUAUACAAUUGUCAUAAAACUGUAGAUAUAACUGUCAAUAAACUGUAGAUACGAAUGUUAAUAAACUGUGAGUGUGAUUGUCCAUAAACUGUUCCAAUUUACCACCAUGAAUCUUUUAAGCAGCAGUUUAAAGAAGAUACCAACGUUGAAAGUAAACCAUAGAACAUAAACAAUUCUUAACUAGCUAUUGUCACAAACCUUUCAAAACAUUCACCCUUUCCUGCUUAGAAGCAAAGUGAAAAUAGCUGAAUGCAACCAUCAUAAAAUCAGAACAGCCAGUGAGUAACUUGCACUAUGUUCAGGUUAUAUGCUGUUUGCUGCUCAUCAGUAUCUUUGGGGUUGUAAAUAAAGCCUUUACAACUGAAAUCUAAUUAAAAAGGUUUUUAACCUAGCGUCUAGAAAAAAGGCCUUGGCAAACAACGUAGACCCAGAUGAUGGGUCUGCGCUGUUUGCUUAAAUGAAUUUCUGUAAGAAAUAUUCUAAAUAUAGAAAUAAAUAUACUAGACAUUCCUAAUUUUGGAAAAAAAUUGAUCCAAUUUAGAAGGAUGGGAUAGUCUUACUAGGCAUAGUUGGAUUAAUUUGAUUUUGUAAGAGACAACUAAGGAGUCAAAGUUUGUAUCCGAGUGGUUAAAGGUUAACCCUGUUUUAUACUAUCUGUCAU